CUUUGUAAUCGCCAUCUUCGAUCUGUAUUCACCCUCCCUUCCCACCUAUCUCUCGCUCUCCCUCAUACACACACUCACAUCACAUAAGAUGUUCACACAGUUCGGCUCUACCGCUGAGAACUUUAGCAAGGCGUCAACAAUGGUGUUUCGGAUCGGCACAGACGCUCACCUCUACGACGAUCCCGACGAUGUCAGUAUUUCACCUCUUCUCGACAGCAAAUUCGACUCUGAGAAAUGCGAAGCUCUCAAACGAUUGCUCGCUCUCAUUGCCCAAGGCUUAGAUGUAUCGAAUUAUUUUCCUCAGGUUGUUAAGAAUGUUGCAUCUCAGUCAUUGGAGGUCAAGAAGCUUGUUUACUUAUAUUUGCUGCAUUAUGCUGAAAGGCGUCCGAAUGAAGCAUUGUUGUCAAUUAAUAUUUUCCAGAGAGACCUGGGGGAUCCAAACCCAUUGGUGAGGGCCUGGGCACUCCGUACUAUGGCGGGAAUUCGCCUGCAUGUUAUAUCGCCUCUUGUUUUGGUGGCAGUGAGAAAAUGUGCUAGAGAUCCCUCCGUAUAUGUGAGAAAAUGUGCUGCCAAUGCUCUCCCAAAGGUUCAUGAUUUGCGUCUUGAGGAAAAUGCCACGGCAAUUAUAGAGAUUAUUGGAAUACUGCUAUAUGACAAUUCCCCUGGAGUGGUUGGAGCUGCUGCUGCAGCAUUUGCUUCUGUUUGUCCAAAUAAUUUGCCUCUAAUUGGUAGAAACUAUACAAGGCUAUGUGAGAUUCUUCCUGAUGUUGAGGAGUGGGGUCAGAUCAUUUUGAUAGGGAUCCUUCUCCGUUAUGUCAUUGCAAGGCAGGGGCUUGCAAAAGAAUCUAUUAUGUUAUCCUUAUGUCCUGAGGAUGUCAGUCAUGAUAAAAGUGGUUCAGACUUUGAUACCAACUCCUUAGAAAUGAACAAAACAUACGAAAUGAGUAGCGGGAUUCAGGAGCAUGAGUUGGCAGCUAUGGUGUCCAGGAGUUACCUUGAAGGACCAGAUAAGUACUUGUCACAUUCUACUAAUGCAGAUGUGAUGUCGUCAGAAUUGGAUUCGUCACGAUUUACAUCAUCAAAAAGUGACGAUGACAUGAAGAUCCUGCUGCAGUGUACUUCACCUUUAUUAUGGAGUCGGAACAGUGCUGUGGUGCUUGCUGCUGCUGGAGUACACUGGAUUAUGGCACCAAGGAAGGACAUUGCAAAAAUUGUCAAGCCUCUAUUGUUUCUCCUGAGAUCAUCUGAUGCCUCAAAAUAUGUGGUCCUCUGCAACAUUCAAGUCUUUGCUAAAGUGAUGCCCUCUCUUUUCACCCCACACUAUGAAGAUUUCUUUAUCAACUCUUCAGAUGCAUAUCAAGUUAAAGCUCUGAAACUUGAGAUUCUUUCUUCCAUUGCUACAGAUGCAUCAAUCUCGGUUAUUUUUCAAGAGUUCCAGGAUUACGUCAGUGAUCCCGACAGGAGAUUUGCUGCAGAUACUGUUGCUGCUAUUGGUCUGUGUGCUAAGCGGAAUCCACAAGUAGCAAAUACUUGCUUGGAGGGACUGCUGGCUCUUACCUCACCCAAAUCCGUAAAUAGUACCUCUGGAUCCACGGAUGAUGAAGCAGUUGUGUUAGUUCAAGCAAUUACAUCCAUCAAAGAUAUAAUAAAACAAGAUCCAUCAAGUCAUGAUAAGGCCAUUAUCUAUUUGGCUCAAAAUUUGGAUGCAAUCAAGGUUCCUGUGGCCCGUGCAAUGAUUGUUUGGAUAGUAGGUGAAUACAACUCUAUUGGCAACAUCAUACCAAAAAUGGUGUCUGUAAUUCUAAGAUAUCUAGCUCGAAGCUUUCCUUCUGAGUCCAUUGAAACAAAACAUCAAAUUCUGAAUGCUGCUGUUAAGGUCCUUUUAAGUUCAAAGGGGGAAGAUUUCCACACUGCAAGAAGCAUACUAAGCUACGUGCUGGAGCUUGCCAAGUUUGAUUUGAACUAUGAUGUUCGUGACCGUGCUCGUAUCUUAAGGAAACUUCUGUCAUGCUUCUACGUUAGUUCUAGUGGACUAGAGGAAGAAUCCAGUCAGAAAAGUGAAAAUAAUGAACUUCCACUUUUGCUUGCAGAACAUGUAUUUGGUGAAAAAAUAACAUCUUCUGAAAUGGUUAAUAACCGGUUCUACCUUCCAGGAUCCCUCUCACAGAUAGUUCUCCAUGCAGCUCCAGGAUAUGAACCUCUUCCGGAGCCUUGUAGUUUGACUGAAUUGGAUAUUAUUGAAGGAAUGAAAAUAUCAGAGGAGGGACCCACUCAAGUGGGCUCGUAUGAAGUCGACAAUUCUGACGUAGACUCGGGGUCUUUGAAUGAGGAAGGCAGUUACAGUUAUGAUUCAGAAGAUUCUAUCACUAGUUCAAGGGGAACUGAUAACACCAAUGAGGGUGCUGCAAGGGAAGCUGAUAACACUGAUUCAUUAAUCAACUUUUCUGAUGUUGGCAAAGCACAAAAAGAGAUUGAAGUCUCAGAGGAGAACGAUUUUCAUGGUGAAUUGAUGUCGAAAGGAGCUCUGGAAUCAUGGUUGGAUGAUAAUCCUUCUUCAAGUCAGAAUGUACCUGAAAUGGAUAACGAAAGGUCAUCGUCAGCAAGGAUCUCAAUUGCAGAUAUUAGUAAGAGAAUUAGACCUAAAACGCAUAUGCUUUUAGAUCCAGCAUAUGGAAAUGGUUUGAGAGUAGUAUAUAAAUAUUCAUCAAAGGCUUCAACAAUAUCAUCAUCACUUGUAAGUGUUGAAGUUUCUUUUGAAAACUGUUCUAGUGAGCCAAUAUCAAAAUUAUUUCUGACCGAUGAAGAUUCUGGCAUGAGUUCUGAAUCGUUGGACCAAACAUCGCCUACUGAUGAAAGUUCUUUGCAAUCUGAGAAGGAAGUACCUACCCUGGUCCCCAUGGAAGAAAUUACUGUGCUUGAACCAGGUCAGACUACAAAUAGAAUAAUCCAAGUUCGCUUUCAUCAUCAUCUUUUACCUUUGAAGCUUGUCUUAUGGUGCAAUGGCAAGAAAAACCCGGUUAAGUUGCGGCCUGACAUAGGAUAUUUCAUAAAGCCUCUCCCGAUGGACAUUGAUCUUUUUUCGCACAAAGAAUCCCAACUCCCUGGAAUGUUUGAAUAUACAAGGAGAUGUUCCUUCACCGACCACCUUACAGAGCUGACUGAUGACAAGGAUGGCGAUGGCUCAUCGAUAAAGGAUUCAUUCCUGGUUAUAUGCGAAAGUUUGGCAUCAAAGAUGCUAAGCAAUGCAAAUGUUUAUCUUGUAUCCGUGAACAUGCCGGUGGCUGCAAACCUGAAUGACGCUUCAGGUCUGUGUUUACGUUUCAGCAGUGAGAUCCUUAGUACCUCGAUUCCAUGCCUUAUCUCUGUUAAGCUCGAUGGUAAAUGCUUUGAACCCCUAAAUGCAUCUGUCAAAAUUAACUGCGAAGAAACUGUGUUUGGUCUGAAUCUGUUGAAUAGAAUCGUAAACUUUUUAGCCGAGCCUGCGGUGACUAGUUAGGUACAGGUUACAAUUGCUGAUUAAAAAUGUGAAAGAGUGUACCGUUAUCGGGGUUCCUUCUCUUUGGUCGUGUAAACCAAGCCUGCUGGGAAUUCUUUUUGUUUUUUUAUUUUUGAAAAAAUGAACACUGGUGUUUUUGUGUUAAAUAUUUCCUAUUAUUGUACCUCUCGCAUUCCGUCCAAAUAUUAUAAGAUUCGUGUAUAUAACACAUUCUUUUUGUUGGAAAACACGUAUACAUACU